AUGUCUGGAAGAUUCAAUGGAAAAGUGGCUAUUGUUACCGGUUCCUCUAAUGGAAUCGGAAAAGAAACUGCUCUACUAUUCGCUAAAGAAGGUGCCAAGGUUACUGUAACCGGGAGAAACCUGGAGCGUCUUGAGGCUCUGAAGCAGCAAAUUUUGGAUUUGAAUAUCCCUGAAUCCAAUUUUCUAGUAGUCCCCGCUGAUAUUACCACACCAUCUGGACAAGACGAGUUGAUUGGUAAAACAUUGGAGAAGUUUGGACGGCUAGAUAUUCUUGUGAAUAAUGCUGGCGCCUCGAUUCGAGAUUCAGAAGGGAGAACUGGUGUUAGUAUGGGUAUCGAUUCAUAUGAGAAGACAAUGAAGAUCAAUGUGCAAAGUGUGAUUGAAAUGACACAGAAGUCGAGACCCCAUUUGGCAAAGACUCAUGGAGCAAUUUGGACUGUUCUCGCCUAUUACCCAAUGGCUAAGGCUGCAAUUGACCAGUAUACGAGAACCGCUGCAAUCGACUUGAUUGGUGAAGGGAUUCGAGUGAAUGCGGUGAAUCCUGGAUUCAUCAAAACUGGUUUUCAUGAGUCGGAGCUUGGAUGGACACCGGAAGAAGCGAAAAAGUUCUACGAGAAUAUGGGUGCUAACCGCUCGGCCAUCCCAUGUGGCUUCGCGGGCCGCCCGGAACAUAUCGCUGAAGCUAUCGCGUUCUUAGCGGAUCAUAAGACUUCUGAAUUCAUCGUCGGGCAGAAUAUAGUGGUGGAUGGCGGGACAACAAUGGUUCUCGGUGUCCAUGCAGGAGUUAACGAUUCGUUGGUUCGAACUGAAUAA